AUGGUAGACCAAGCCGAGGACACGGACGAGCCGCCGCCGCCGCCGCCGCCACCCCCUCGUGGGGCCCGAGCUCCGGGGCGCGCACCACCACGUGCACCCCCUGCAGCCCCAGCGGGACCCGAGGCUCGCUCGCUCAGCAUCGACUUCGGAGGCGACGCCGACCUUUCGCUGUCCGGUCAAUGGUCUGAGGACUCGACCAGCUACCCGCCAGCUCCCCCGGCUUCUGCAGUCCCACCUCAAACUCCCCCCGCUCCCGCCACGCAGGCGCGUGCUCCACCCCCCGCAGAUCUUCAGCUCUCCACGGAAGAGCUCAUGGCGACCUGGGGCCGCGUCGGCGUGCAGAUGCACGAGGUCUCCGCCGCGCUCUUCGAGAAGUCCAAGAAGGGCCUCGUGGGGGACGGCACCUACAUCGGUUUCGUCGCUGCCGUGCGCGCGCAGGUGCCCACCGCCGCGCAGGCAGGCGCGGGCCUCGAUGGCCUCGGCUACCUCGUGUACGCGCAGGUCGCGGGUGCGGUGCAAAAGCGCGCGAGCGACAUCCUGCCCGGGGACGUGAUCGUCGUCUCGGACGCGAAGUUCAAGGGCCACAAGGGCCUCCAGACCUACAACCAGACCGUCGGCGUCAGCGAGCCGGUUGUGGGCGUGAUUGGGGACUUUGAGGCGAAGAAGAGUAAGGUAAAGGUCUACCAGGCGAACCACAUUGGCACGAAGCGCCCGUCGGGGCUGAUUAUCGGGUUUACAGACGUGGAGAGCGUCAGCUAUCGCCUCGAGGACCUGAAGAGCGGUACUGUAAAGGUGAGCUUUGCUUUAUCUCAAGGCGUGUGA